GGGAAUUAAUCGGGUCAUCUCUUAUCUUUUCCGGGUCCCAUUCUUUUCUUUCUUUUCGAAUUCAUUUUCCAGUUCGCAAACCCUUCCUACCAAAUCUCCGACCGACUCUUCCCUCAACUCGCCGCCGUCCUUCUCCAUAGACCCUACUCCGGCGCCGUUGUUUCCUGCGAUUCUCAGUCGUAGAAUACCAGCCGUCAUUUAAGGUGCUGAGUGGAGAGAUGGAUCCAGAUUCAGUGAAAUCGACUUUGUCCAAUUUAGCUUUCGGGAAUGUAAUGGCGGCAGCGGCUCGCGACUACCAGAAGGAAAUACUUGCUCAAGAGAAGGCUCAGCCUUCUGCAAACCAAGAGAUUGACCUUGAUGAGUUGAUGGACGAUCCAGAGCUAGAAAAACUACACGCUGACAGAAUCGCUGCACUGAAGAGAGAAGCUGAGAAGCGAGAGUCCCUAAAGAGGCAAGGACACGGAGAAUACAGGGAGAUAACUGAAGGGGAUUUCUUGGGUGAAGUCACGAAGGGUGAUAAAGUCAUUUGCCACUUCUAUCACAAGGAGUUUUAUCGCUGCAAGAUAGUGGAUAAGCAUUUGAAGGCUCUGGCUCCGAAGCAUGUGGAUACCAAGUUCGUGAAGCUGGAUGCUGAGAAUGCUCCCUUCUUUGUUGCUAAACUUGGAAUAAAAACUCUGCCUUGCGUCAUACUAUUCAGCAAAAAAGAAUCAUGUUUUAGGAAAGGGAUUGCAUCGGAUAGACUGGUGGGAUUCGAAGAUCUCGGUGGUAAAGAUGACUUCCCAACUACAAGGAUCGAGAACUACUUCAUAAAGAAAGGUAUCAUUAGCGAGAAGAAGAAAGGCAACGAGGAUGACGAGGAAGAGUAUGACGAAAGCCGUCGCAGGACAGUGAGAUCGUCUUUGGAUGCUGAUUCUGACUCGGAUUAAGUGAGGAAGAGAAGUAUGCAGCAGCGGGUCACUUCUCUGAUUCGUAAAAUGUACUUUUGUUAUAAUGUCGAUAAGAGAAGCAGGCUCUUGCCUUCUGAAAGUUCAGCCUCAUAGCAGUAAAGAGAAGUUGAGCCUCGUAGCAGUGAAGAGUAAACCCUUCUUCUCCUGAUCGGUUGAGUGGGAUUCCUAACUAGCUCAGCUGCUGUAUUUGGUGUUAACUAGAGAUUCUAGUUUGUAUGGUUGGGAGUAGGGUUGCAAAUGAGCCGAGUCGAGUUUUACCCCACUUUGAGUCGAAUCGAGUCGAGCUCGAGCUAACUUAUUUAAUAAUAUCUUGACUUUUAUUUGGUACUUCAUUUUGUAUAUCAUGACACAUAUGAUUUAUUUUGUUAGCUAAUUUCAUAUGAUACUUUCCGCGGCCCGCAAAAAA